CGAGGUGUACUUGAAGGCAGCACACGCUAACGCCUGAGCACUCAUUCAUCAUGGGCUCUGAGCUCACCAAGCUAGCUGUUGUCUUUACGCGCUAAACGGAGACAUGUGGAAUAACUAACGAGUGUAACGUAACGACACACUAAAACUCGUAACAGUAUCUGUUUAGGAGUGUCAUAAACCGGCGAAUAUUGCGAAGUUGAUCGACACUUUCCUGCCUGGUGCACUGGGAACUAACCUGUCGUGUUAUGGGAGAGACACGGAGGUCAGACGAAUGGUGGGCUGUCAAUGAUAAUGUUCGAGUAAAACGAGCCUGCGGCUGCUUUGACAGCUGUCUUUUCAUAUUGUAACACUCGAUCAACUUAAAUUGAAUCAUGCCUGGGAAACUAAAGGCCAAAAUUGUGGCUGGGCGCCAUUUGCCUGUGAUGGACAGAGCCAGUGACCUGACUGAUGCUUUUGUAGAGGUCAAGUUUGGAAACACAACUUUCAAAACAGAUGUCUGUCACAAAUCUCUCAAUCCUCAGUGGAACUCAGAAUGGUUCAAAUUUGAGGUGGAUGAUGAGGACUUGCAGGAUGAGCCGUUGCAGAUCACAGUAUUGGACCAUGACACGUACAGUGCUAAUGAUGCCAUAGGGAAAGUUUACAUUGACAUUGACCCACUUCUUUGCACUGAGGCUGCUUCUGUCAUCUCUGGCUGGUUUCCCAUCUAUGAUACCAUCCAUGGUAUCCGAGGGGAGAUCAAUGUCCUCGUCAAAGUGGAGCUCUUCAACGAUUUGAACCGCUUUAGACAGUCAUCGUGUGGAGUCAAGUUUUUCUGCACCACAUCCAUUCCGCGGUGCUACCGAGCAGCAAUGGUGCAUGGGUUUGUGGAGGAACUCGUGGUUAAUGAAGAUCCAGAGUACCAGUGGAUAGACCGCAUUAGAACUCCCCGAGCCUCCAACGAGGCUCGUCAGAGACUCAUUUCUCUCAUGUCUGGAGAGCUACAGAGGAAAAUAGGGCUUAAGGUACUGGAGAUGGGUGGGAAUGCAGUGGUGGGCUACUUGCAGUGUUUCGACCUGGAGGGGGAGUCGGGUCUGGUGGUCCGGGCCAUAGGUACCGCCUGCACACUGGACAAAGUCAGCUCUGGAAGCGCUCCCAGCACCAACACACAUGUGCACCCUAACACAGCCCCUGCUUCCAAUGCCUGCAAUUCCCCUUCUAAAGACGGAAAGGAGCCGGUUUUUGGUGAGGAUCUGCCCUCGUCCUCCGGCCCGCCUACCCCUUUCAGAGCCCUCCCCACCUCCUCCUCCUCUCCUCCCCCCUUCUCUCCCUCCAAGCCAUGCAGCCGCCAGUCCUCAUCAUCAGACACAGACCUCAGUUUGACGCCCAAGACGGGAAUGGGCAGUGGGGGCAGCGCUGGGAAGGAGGCAGGGCCGCUGAAGACCCUGCUCAGACAGCAGACACAGACAGCUCUCGAGCAGAGGGGAGCGUCUUCCUCUGGGUUAUUGUUAAACGCCAGGGAGUUCCCGUUCUUCACCUUGACCUCUUUCCCACCUGGUUUUCUGGUUCACGUCGGUGGAGUGGUCAGCGCUCGUUCUGUUAAAUUACUGGACCGUAUACACAACCCUGCCUUGGGUAACACGCGCUCAUACAAACUGCUAGACUGGAAUAGUGUCACUGCAGAUGAGCCAGAAACUCGUGAUGCUUGGUGGGAGGAGAUUCGUCAGGAGAUCAAAUCUCAUGCCAAAGCGCUUGGUUGCCAUGCUGUUGUAGGGUACAGUGAGAGCACAAGCAUCUGUGAAGAAGUGUGUAUUCUGUCAGCAUCAGGCACAGCAGCCAUCCUGAAUCCUCGGUACAUGCGCGAAGGCUGCUUAGACAUCGGAAGCACAGACCACAGGUUUGAGGAGCCAUCUCCACCAAGCUGUGGCUUCUGUCACAUUCCAUAUGAUGAGCUCAACAUGCCUUUUCCUGCCCAGCUCACCUACUGUUACCACUGCAGAAGGCAAAAGGUUCCUGAUGUGCUGUUCACAACAAUUGACUUGCCAUCAGAAGCAGCUGUCACAGGGAAGGGUUGCCUCAUCCAGGCCAGACUGUGUCGCCUAAAGAAGAAAGCCCAGGGAGAAGUGAAUGCGACGGCCAUCUCCAACCUGCUACCUUUCAUGGAGUAUGAGCUGCACACUCAGCUGAUGAAUAAACUGAAGCUGCGGAAUAUGAAUGCUCUGUUUGGCCUGCACAUACAGAUCAGCGUGGGCGAGAACAUGCUCCUGGGUCUAGCUUCUGCUACAGGAGUGUACCUGACAGCGCUACCUACACCAGGAGGUAUCCAGAUUGCGGGCAAAACUCCAGGUGACCUGAGCAAUGAGCACCAUAUCUUGACCAUCCAGAAAAGGAUCAAUGACACCAUAGCCAAGAACAAGGAGCUCUAUCAAAUAAACCCUCCGAAAUUAUUUGCCCUGGACCCUGAGGUGUUCUGCGGCGUAAACAUGGAGCUGACAGAGGAAGGGUUGGGUUCCCCGAUCCCUGAGCCGAGGCAACGAUCCAGACUCUUUCGCUCGCACUCAGAAAGUUCUGAUGAACUGUCAGAACUGGAUCUGUCCCACGGCAAAAAGGAUGCAUUCGUCCUGGAGAUUGAUGACACUGAUGCUGUGGAGGACAUCCACUCUCUCCUUACUGACACACCUCCCCCUACAGGUUUCUACAGCUGCAACACUGAAAUCAUGCCUGGGAUUUAUAACUGGACUUCAGGAAUACAGAUGUUUACAUCGGUGAGGGUCUUCAGGUUGAGCAAUGCCAAUCUCACUAACCAGGGCUUAAACAAGAUCUUCACUGACCUAUGUGAGAAUUUGCUGAAGAGUUUUUACUUCAAGUUGCGCUCUAUGAUCCCCUGCUGUCUUUGCCAUCUCAACUUCACUGUGGCAGUGCCAGAAGAAGAACUCAUACAAGUUGCAGUGACAGCAGUUGCCAUGACGUUUGACAAGGACCAGACUCAGGAGAAGCCAGCUGAGAAGCCCAUCAACAAAGGUUCCAGUGAGAAUGAGGACCAGCUGCAGUUUCCCCUCGAGUUGUGUGUGGACGUGCCCUCUGCCAACGCUCAGCCAUCCUCCAAAGUCUCAGGUGUCCCAGAGAAUACCACCGUCUCAUCCAGAGCUGCCUCCGUUGAUUACGGUUCCUUUGCAGACAGAUGCAGCACCUGGCUAGAGCUGCUUAGGCUGAAAGCUCACACCAUAAGACGAGGAUCAGUUAAGACAAGUAGGAGGACACAGUCUCUAGCACACUCUGUCUCAUCUUUGGAGCGCUCCAGUCCGCUGCCUGAAGGACGUUCCCGCUCCCUGCGCUCCAGUCGAUCGUUCGGGGGCAGUUCGGUAACCGUGGUGAAGAUGACGCCGCUCUCCUUCCUCCCUGGGAUACGCAUCAUUAAAUACCUUGGGAUCAUCAACAUGUUCUUCAUCAGAGAGACGACAUCAUUACGGGAGGAAGGCGGUGUUAGUGGCUUCCUCCAUUCAUUCAUAGCAGAGGUGUUUGCGAUGGUGCGAGCCCAUGUAGCAGCCCUGGGUGGCAAUGCAGUAGUGUCCUACAGCAUGAAAGAGUGUGUGUUAAUGGAGAAUCCAAACAAGAACCAGGCUCAGUGUCUCAUUAAUGUGAGCGGUGAUGCAGUCAUUUGCGUCAGAGAAACCGACCAGGAGCCCACAGCCUCGAUGACAAACAUGGGACAGACCUGUUGUAGCGCAACCGAAGGGGCAACAUGACAGUGAAACACAGACCCUCGUUUUGUCUGCAGUAUGAGUGAACACUCUCCAAGUCUAGCCGUCCAAAUCUGAAAGAUUUAUGUUUGCCUUAAAACUCUGUAAAAGAUCCAAAGGUUUGGACACAGGUAAUAAAGAACAAUUACUAAUGCACUUCAAAA